UUCAUGUUUGAUGCCCUUCACGUGCUUAACUACUCGAUCUUUCGCCAUGGUGUUGGAUGUUGCGAAUUGCACUGGUGCAGUAGAGGCUGCUCGUGUAAAAUUUCGCUGGGCAGCCAAGAUUUUCUGCCAGGCGUCGGGCGGUGAAGACGCGGCGCCAGCCUGCGGCGGCCUGACGUCGGCAAGCACAGCUCGACGCGCUGUCAGUGGGAAGGAUGAAAGGCCACCAGCAGCCAGAGUCGUACGUACCCACGCCUGCUGCGCAUGUACAGUAGCUUCAAUGUAUACACUCUUUGACCCGUCUUGCACGUAUCAAAUAUAUUCCAUACAUCACAACUCCAACGCGCGAUAAUAUGGCGGAGGAGGCAAAGCAGCAACCAGCGCUGGAGCCGGUGGGUAAGCCGCUGAGCUUGAUACCCGUUGUCAUUAAAGAAGCCGCCCUCGACUCGCCCACCUUCCGUGCUACCGCGGUCCACUUCAGCGACCAAAUCGAGCUGAUCGAGAGAUGGCUCGAAACCUUCAUCAAGGCCGUCUCCAAGCUGGCCGCCGAGAUGAACGCCCUACAGGCCCUCUUCGACAGCUACAUACAAGCUGCGACGCCUCCGCUCCAGGUUUCUGAGGCGGUGCUCGACCACGAUUACACUGUCUUGGCAUUGAAGCGCUUCGGGGAAGGCGCACGCGACUUCUGGAAUAGUAACUUGAGGGGCAUGAAGCGUGCCGAGAUUACCGUCGUAGAUCCCAUCCGCGCGUACAUACAUAAUGACUUGCGCAUGCUGAAGGAUGCGCGCAAGAAUCUGGACCAGACGCAGCGCGCAUUUGAUGGCGCCAUUGCGCGAUAUGCCGGUCAGGCCAAGACGAAGGAACCAUCAUCAUUAAGAGAAGAUGCAUUUCAGCUUCACGAGGCGCGACGGGCGUAUCUGAAAGCCAGCAUGGACUUCUGUGUUAUGGCACCGCAAGUGAGAGCCACGCUGGAUAAGCUGCUGGUCAAGGUCAUUGCCGAGCAAUGGCGCGACAUGCGGACUGCCAGGGACUCGUCCACCACUAGCUUUGCUAGGUGGAGCACUGAUGUGGAUCGCGUUAAAGGCUGGAGCAAACAGAUGGAGAAUGGAGAGAGGGUGUUCAAGAGAGAGCUGCAUCUCGCGAGACAGCAAAUUGAGAACAGCGCCGAGCUCAGCACCCGACCGUCACGGGACCUGGAUGACUAUGCGGCUUCUACAGUGCCAUAUCUUGGGACACAGGCGCCUUCGACCGCAAACCUUCCCUCCCCGGCGAAACCGGAUCCUGGGAAAGAAAAAGCAGAGAAGCAGGGAUGGCUAUUCCAACGCACCAUCACAGGCAAGCCUGCUCGCACCUACUGGGUUCGGAGGUGGUUCUUUGUGAAGAAUGGAAUCUUCGGUUGGCUAUCACAGGGAGCUCGAUCUGGCGCCGUCGAGGAGUCUGAGAAGAUUGGUGUCUUGCUCUGUGGUAUUCGUCCAGCCUUUCAGGAGGAACGACGCUUCUGCUUCGAGGUUAAGACUAAAGACACCACCGUUCUGCUCCAAGCCGAAACACAGAAUGAUCUCACAGAAUGGAUUUCAUCGUUCGAAGUGGCCAAGCGCAAAGCCCUGGAGGAUACUUCAAAGGAUGCUGGAGCUCCCGGCAGUAUUGAUGCAGCUUUCUCCAUUAGCCCUCCUAUCGCACCCGAGUUUGCUGCCAAAACAUCCGAAGGGCAUGCCGCGCAUCCAAGCGACGAAGGCGUUGCUCUAGAACGAUCGGAAACAUUAGCUUUCCCAGGAGGAGAUGGGCUGGCGACUCGUGGAAGCUUUGACGUGAGCCGGCGAGGGACUGCAUAUGAGAGAGAGGGUGAGAGCAGCCGUAGAGACCAUGCUGCUAGGAUUAUGGAGAAGCUUGAUCUGACUAGGAAAUCUACUGCAGGACCUCAAGUUUCCGGAAACAACCAACCCUCAGCAGGCGGUGGCAUUGCUAGUCUCAUCUCCGCAAGUCUUGCUUCUGCCAGCCAUAACAUCAUGCCGGUGGGGCAGAUUGCCGCACCUGCUCCUGGUUUGCCUGAUACUCGUCUCAUUAUAGGCCAAACUCUUCCCACAAGUAGUCUUGCGCCUUCUACCCUCGCGAAUCCACCUGCGCCUACAAACCUGAGCAAGGCUGCCGUCGCUGUCAGUGGUGAGCGAGGCCUUGGCCUAGGUCGAUCUGGAGGCAUGCCAGGCGGUCUCAUGGCGAACUUGUGGGGGUCUGUGAAUUGGGGCUAUAUUAACCGUCUAGAACGAGGAGAGGUGACGACCGCUCGAGAAAGGAGUGCCUCUCAGCCACCGAGCCCAAUAGAACCACUCGAUAAACCGAGCGAUGGUUCGGUCGAUCCGUCUCCCGCAACUGCUACGUCUGCUGUGGCAGUCCACCGCAAGUCGAUGAGUAUGGGUGACCCCACCCAAUCGCCGGUGCAGAGACCAACUAUCGUCACGGACGACUUUCCAAAUUACUACCCGCUGGCACUGAGAGUACAAGAUGCACAGUUCCGGAUAUUAUUCCCGAAUGUGCCGCGGGCAGAAAAGGUUGUCCUCGUCUUCCGAGCUGUCUGGAACCCAACCGAACAGCAAGAAUUUCCAGGUAGAGUUUACAUUACUGCAAAAGACAUUUUCUUCUUCAGCAACCACAUGGGCCUCGUUCUUAUCACUGGCAUCAGCCUCUCUUCUAUUGACGAAGUUACUGCGGCUCCCGGAAAGGAGUGUGACUUCCUAUUCCUGCACUUCAAGACGGGUUCUCGCGAAGAUGGCGCAACACGUCUCACGGUCAAGACCUUCCUUGAGCCUCUUAGACUCCUCCAACGCCGUCUAAACUUCCUCGUCCGGAAUGCCACCUCUAGCGAACAUGGUCUUGAAGAAUUAGUAAAGCGGUUGAUUAAAAUGGAAGUCACUGACGGCGACCACUCCCCCAGCGCCGAAAGCUGGGAAGAUGUAUCCGUCUCCACCCCCAUGGACCCGGGCUACGGCGGCAAAGAUGUCAAAGCGAGCCUGCGCAUCGACGGGAACCUCUUCGGCCCCCCGGGCAUUAACAUUAGUAAAAACGCCACAAAAUUCAAACUACCCACUCAACCCGUCAUCCACACCCCACACAACAUGACCCAAGUUGUCAUAGACAAAGACUUCGAUAUCAGCGCCAAAGCCCUCUUCCACGUCCUCUUCGGUGACAAAUCCACCGUCUUCCAAAUGCUAUACCGCGAGCGCUGGGCCCAACGCGUUGUCCAGGGCCCCUGGCUAACAUCCGACCAAGGCAUCCAACGACGAGACUUCGAGUACGAAAUCGCGGCGCCUGGAAGCGCGUCGGCUAUCGUCAUAAAUGACUACCAGGUCAUCGAAGUGCUCAACGACCAUCUCUGCUACGUCGUGGCAAACCGUCAAACCCCAUGGUACCUCCCUUCCUCCGACCGCUUUAUGCUGCUCAGCAAAAUCGUAAUAACACACGUCGCAAAAGCUCGCUGUAGACUCUCCAUCCACACGAAAGUCGACUGGUCCCGCAACCCACGCAUCGCGAAAUCCCUCAUCGAACGUCAGGCCCUUCAGGAUCUGGACCUCGAAGCCCAGGACCUUGUCGACGUCAUCAAUGACCAAGUCGCGCGUCUCGGAUAUAACCGGUCCACAGGCAAAGUUACGAGUAUAUUCGGGCAGAUUGGCUUGCAAACGCAGACGGCGCAGUUCAGUGCCGCCGAUAUUCCACCACCAAAUCGUCCCAGGAAAUUCAAACUCACCCCUCAGUCCUUGACCAGCGUGAUUGUGCAGCUCGUAGGCAAUGUUGUCAUCUCAGUCCUGAGCACUGGCAUGAGUUGGAUACUGGCGGUGAUUGCAAGUGUGGGGAAUUUUGUCUCUGCCCAUAAGCUACUUAUGGUGUUACUGAUGAUGAGUAGCGGUGCGAAUUUUUGGUAUGGAGGGAGGGAUGGGUGGGAUUGGUGGAAUGAGAGGAAUGCGGGAAGGUUUAUGAAGGGAUUGGGGGUGGGGCCGAGUACGACUAUGGCGAGAGCGGUGUGGUUGAAGGAUUUGGAGGUGGGGUUUGUGGGGGGGAAUGGGUCGGAUGCCUUCGUUGAUGCUGUUUUUUUGGCUGGGCUAGAUGAGGAGGCGCUGAGGGGAGGAAAUAAGUGCCACCAAACUUUCACCUCACUCUUAACCUCUGCCACUCAACCUCAAUCUCCUUUAUCGUCUUCAACACACACAUCCCGUCGUCUCCACCGCACACGCCAACACCUAGGCUCCCACCGCCACGAUCUUCUUGUCGCACUGCGUGUUGUUAAUCGCAUUGAAAAGGAAGUCUUGGAAGCCGAGUAUGAGAAUUGGUUGCUCGAUGAGACAGAGAAGUGUGGGAGGGUAGGGAUGAUGAUCUCAGAUGGGGGAGUGGGAGAUGGAGGCGGAGGGAAAGAGAGGGGGAAUGGAGGGAAGCCGGAGAGGGAGGGGAGGGGGAUCAGAGAAGUAGAAGAGUGGGUUAAAGGGUAUUGUGGAGAUUGUGAGAGGGCGUUGGAUGGAGUUAAGGAUAGGAGAGGAGGACCGGUAUUGAUUUAGGAGUGUUGGUUAACCAUCUGGGUGGGAUUGAAUUGGGGUUGGAGGUCAUCAUGGCCUAAGUGCAUCGUUUUGGAAUUGGAUGGAUUGCUCUGUAGGUUGGUACGUAGGAAUGUGAUGAUAUCCCGAUCAAGAACAUAGUUGACGUACUGGAGCAUUUAGGGCACAGUCUUAGAUGAAACGAGCGAAUUUACAUUGCACCCUAGGAAUCUAGGUGAUUCGAAGUGAUGUACAUCAUGAGAGUA